AUGAUAAGACUGUGCCUAAUUAGAACUGGAAACAUACCCUCCGUAACUCCUUCAUUGCAUGUCACACCAUUUUAUACAAAGAGAAUGUUUCAAUCUUUAUUUACACACUCUUCAUUCAUACGAAAGUUUUCAUCAUGCCCACCUAAAUUUCAGGCUGUGCCGUCUUUAAAUAACGACAAGACGUUCAAAGACACUCUGUCACAGCAGACGAAUGGAAACAACAACAAGGAUACUAAUGGCAAGGAAGAAGAAAAGGCGGAUGGUGAUUCAGAUAUAUUGGGUUCGGAAAAAGUUCUCCCAGAAGGAGUCAGCAAAGAUGAAUUUUUGACAGAAAUAUUUGGAAAUUUGGAUCCUUAUAUUGACACUUAUUCAAUGUACAAGCAGUUACGUGAAGCAGGAUUCACUCCAGAACAAUCAGAUCAAAUUAUAUCUUUAUUGGUUCAUCAAUUAAACUCCAAAUUGACUAAACUAUCUACUGUAUACGCCCAGAAUUUCGAGUUAGAGAACGAGCAGUAUUUAUUCGAAAGUGCACAACAGGAAAUACGAGUUGAUAUAACUAGGUCGAGAGACCAACACAUCAAUGAACUAAUUGCAUUAAUAAAUAUUUUGGAAAGAGACUUUAAUGUUAUUAACGACGAAUUGAAUAAUGAUUAUUUAAAAUUGAAAAACGAUUCUCAGGUGGCGAUAAAUGAAAGCAAGUCAGAAAACACAUUAAACUCGAAAAAAUUAUUUCUUCGAAUUCAAGAGGCAAACCAUAAGAUCACUACAGAAUUGAAUUCAGAUAUCAAAUCAGAGAUAGAAAGUUUAAGAUGGUACUUAUCACGAUGGGGGUUGAUUACAUUAUUGGUAUCUUUAUUCCUGGGACUAAUUAUAUUUUACAACACCAAACGUAGAAAUGUUACCAAGGAAGCUAAAAAGGACUUUGCACCUUUGGUCAUUCGCGAACCGAGUGAAUAUGAAGACGAUGACUAUCAUACUGAACUAGAUAGAGGAUCUGUUUAA